UGCAAACGAGCUGCCGCCAUUUUGUGUGGAUGAGUUUCAUUUUACAGCGCAACUAUAGGACGGAGAACCUCAGGAAACAAUUCUACCUAUCUCUCGAAAACUGUUAAUUGGAAAUUGACUACUAUGAACUGAAACUCUUCCUAAAAUCAAUUAUCAAGUAGAUCCAAGUCAAGUGACGCAUAAGCCAGUAGAUUCCAGUCUCGAUUUAUGAUUUUUUUGCACUUAAAUGUAGCUUGAGGAAAUGGCUGUGGAAAGCAUGACUGUCCAUCCAAACUCCCCAACAACCAACCACGAUCACAUCAACAGCCUUCUCACUGACGAAAGACAUGAGGAGGGUGAGCUGGAGGAGGGGGAGCUGGAGGAUGAUGGGGGCGAGGCGGAGGCGCCCACUGGAGGGGGCGAGGCCCCAGAGAAGCCCCGGCGGAGUAAGGAGCACCACGCCAGCGGCUCGGACGACGACAAGGCCCACCGCCGCAAGAGGAAGAGGAGGAAAGAGAGGGAGCGCGAGAAGGAGAAAAGGAGGGCCAAGAAGAGGCGCAAAUCUAAGCACAAACGCCACGCCUCCUCCAGCGAUGACCACUCAGACUUUUCGGACGAUUCGGAUUACAGCCCCAGUGAGAAGAGGAAGUAUCGGGAAUACAGUCCCCAGUACCCCCCUCCUUCCCACGGGGGCUACCCCCCUCCCCCUCCUCACGGUGGCCCCGUGCCCAAAAAAGGGGGCUACAUGAAGAUGGACAAGCAGGGCUACGGGGGCUACGACGACUACGAGGAAGAAACCUACGAGGGAGAGGAGGACGAGGACCUGGGCGAGGAAGACUACGACGACUUCGCCAAGGAGCUGAACCAGUACCGCAAGGCCAAAGAAGGCAGCGGCAGUGGUGGCGGUGGCGGUGGCGGUGGCGGCGGUGGUGGGGGCGGGGGCGGGGGCGGCGGCGGGGGUGGCCCUAACAACAACCGCGGCGGCCGAGGGAACAACCGCGGGGCCAGAGGAGGUAAAGGGCGCCUGAAGAACCAGCGAGGGCGUGGCAGAGGAGGAAUGAGGGGCCGCGGGGGCAGGGGGGGCAGAGGCCGGGGGCGGGGAAAGAUGGUGGGAGAAAACGAGGACGGCGAUGGGAUGAUGUAUGGAGACGAAAUGGAGUACAUGGAUGAUGACUACGACAAUAUGGGUGAUGACGAUUACGACGACUACUCCAAAGAGCUGAACCAGUACAGGAAGUCCAAGGACCGCGGUCGAGGUGGUAAAGGUCGAGGGCGUGGCAGGGGGAAGGGCAGAGGCAUGGGCCGCGGCCGGGGGAGGAACCGGGGGCGGGGCCGGGGCGGAGACCAGGGCCACGACGAGGACAACAACGGUGACAUGGACAUGGGGGAUGGGGGUGGCGGGCGCGGACGGAACGACCAGGAUAAGCACGGCCCAGACAAGAAAGGCAAGGCCAUCUGCAAGUACUACAUCGAGGGCCGCUGCACCUGGGGGGAGCACUGCAACUUCAGCCACGACAUCGAGCUCCCGAAGAAGAAGGAGCUGUGCAAGUUCUACAUCACCGGCUUCUGCGCCCGGGCGGAGAACUGCCCGUACAUGCAUGGUGAUUUCCCUUGCAAGCUGUUCCACACGACCGGCAGCUGUGUGAACGGAGAUGAGUGCAUGUUCUCCCACGAAGCGCUAACGGACGACACCCAGGACCUGCUGGACAAGAUGUUGGCGGAAGACGCGGAGGCGGGCGCUGAGGAUGAGAAGGAGGUGGAGGAGCUGAAGAAGCAGGGGAUCAACCCACUGCCCAAACCCCCACCUGGUGUCGGGCUCCUACCCACCCCGCCCCGGCCCGGCCCCGCUGACACCUCCUCCCCUGGGGACUUUGGGCCCCCGGGACCCCCGCCUGGUCCCAUGCCCCCACAGGGCCCCUCCGGCCCAGGCCCGGGCCCCUGCCCCGGCCCCCCUCCUCCCUGCCCGGAUGGAGGCCCCUACCAGGGCCCGCCCAACCCCAACGGCCCUCCCCCACCCCCCAUGGGCCCCCCGCCCCCCUGUCCCGGGAACGCGGGGAAGAAGAUCCCUUCGCUGUUCGAGAUCGUGGUGCAGCCCACGGGACAGCUGGCCCAGAAGCUGGGCGUCAGAGGGCCAGUGCCCGGUGCCCCACCUGGUCCUCCUGGGCCCCCCGGACCACCCGGUCCGCCUGGUGGGCCCCCUCCUCGGUUCCCCGGCCCCCCUCCUCCAGGACACAUGGGCCCUGCACCACCCGGCAUGAUGCCCCCUGGCCCCCACGACAUGCCUCCCAUGGGCCCCCCAGGCAUGAACCAAGGGCCCCCGCCCAUGGGCUCCGGGCCGCCCAUGAUGCCAGGUUUCGUACCAGGCGAGGGGCCCCCACACCCGGGCAUGAUGCCCCCUGGCCCCCCACCACCUGGUGGCAAUUUCUACGACAACUUCUACCACCAACAGGGCAUGGAGAUGGAAGGAGGAGGGGAACAAGGUGAUGACUACCAGGACUACAGCGGUAUGGAGGAGGGCGAGGGCGGCUCUUUCGGUGAGCAGGGCUCCACCGGGGGCCCGGGCGCCAUGAUGGCCGCAGAGGGCGUCGCCAACAGCGGCGCGUCCAAUCAGCAGCCGGGGCUGUCGGUGCCGGACUUCCUGCCGCCGGCGCAGCGCGUGCUGUUCAUGCGCAUCCAGCAGAAGCAGCAGGAGGAGGAGGAGCGCGCCCGGCGGCUGGCUGAGGGCGGGGCCGAGCGCGACACGGAAGGUGACUCGGGGAACUGGUACUCCAGUGAGGAUGAGGAUGGUGGUGGCAGCGUCACGUCCAUCCUGAAGACGCUCCGGCAGCAGACGCAGGGUUCGGCCAAGUCGGAGGGCGGGCCAAGUGACCCCCGUCUGCAGAAGGCCCCAGCCAUCCCUGCAGGUCGCCCGGCGGACCCCCGCCUGGCCCGCGACCCCCGCCUCUCCCGGGCCUCGGACCCUGAGGGCAACCCCUCGUCCUCCCCCUCCUCUUCCUCUUCAUCGUCCAGCGCCCCCGCCGACCCCCGCUUGGCUCGGCAGGCCUCCGCCCUGCCCCCCAAAUCCGACGGCCCGCACCCUCCUCACCCCCACAAGCCCUCAGCCGCGGGGCCCGGGGAGGAGGAGGAGGGUGAGCGGGCUCUCCGGGACAAGCCGGUGCCCAUCCCGCUGGACCCCCUAAUGGGCAUGGCCCUGCGGGACCCGCGCUCCCAGCUGCAGCAGUUCAGCCACAUCAAGAAGGACAUCGUGCUGCACAAGCCGCACUUCUCCAAGACUGUGCUGUGGAACCCGGAGGACCUCAUCCCCCUGCCCCUUCCCAAACAGGACUUCCUGCCCCUCCCCCCCGGUAUCCCCCCCGUGGCGUCGCUGGACCCCCGACUGUCCCGCGCCCAGCAGCUCUUACACACCGCGCCCCCCCUGGCUCCCCCGGUCCCCCCGCCCAGCGAACCCCCCGCCGGCUCCUCGCUCCCGGACUUUGAGCUGCUGUCCCGUAUCCUCAAAACCGUCAACGCCUCUGGCCCCGCUCCCACCCCGCCCCCGCCCCUCGCGGUCCCGCCCCCGGCCGUGGUGGUGGAUAAGCCAGUGGACCCGCGCACGGCGCGCAAAGUGGCCGCAGACCCCCGGCUCCAGCCGCAGAAGUCUGUCCUGAAGCUGCCCUCGGAGACCCCCGCGCCCCCGGCCACGGCCCCCCCGGCGCCCCCCUCCCCCUCCCCCACCAUCGCGCCCUACGACCCGCGGCUGCUCUCCUCGGGCGGGGCAGGGCGGGCCGUGGGCGGCGCCGGGGCCGGUCAGAGCAGCGUGCUGAGCAGCAUCAGCCUGUACGACCCCCGGACUCCCAGCGCGGGCAAGACCGAGGCCCCCGCUCCCUCCCCCAGCGCCCCCACCCCCGAGCCCCCCAAACCCAAGGCCAAGGAGCCCCUGUUCGUGCGCAAGUCGGCCCUGGACCAGCCCGAGGCCGAGAAGACCCCCGCCAGCGGAGAACCCGCCACAGACCGCUACAACAGCUACAACCGGCCCCGCCCCAAACCGGCCCCGUCGCCCUCCGGGGGGGCGGGCGUGGGCGGGGCCCCUGCCGCCACCUCUUCCUCCUCCUCGUCGUCCUCCUCGGCCGGGCCGGGCGCUGCGGGCCCCCCGGGGGACCAGCCUCCCCUGGCGGUGCACAACCUGCCCGUGUCCACGCUGUUCAGCAUGGUGAAGCAGGCCGCCAAGCCCAGCGGCUCAGGGAGCCCGUUUGGCGGCAGCAGCCCGGCCCAGCCCGACAGCACCGAGCAGGACAACGCCUCCCUGAAGGACGUCUUCAAGGGCUUCGACCCCACGGCCUCGCCCUUCUGCCAGUGAACUCUGAUCCCUCCCGUUCUCCUCUCUCUCUCUUUUUAAACCCUGGAGUGUUGGGCGGGCGAGGCGGGGGACCGCGCUCGCGACAGAGACACUGGCUAACCCGGGUGUGCCCCGUCCCGACUCUCCCUGCACGCACUGCAGUGUUGGAAACUUCUGGAACAGA